AUGCUGCUGUUUCUGGUUAUUUUACCUUUUUUAAGUGUUCAAGGGAACAUCAUAGAUUCUGAUGCACUAGACCCAACAUGGAACGAUCUGCUAACGGCUGGAGGUAUGCAUAUCGGGCACGGCCGGACAAAACGCUUCGUCGAACUCAAGGAGAAUCAACCAAAUGUGCCUUACCAAGCUUGUCUACUCCCCGACGGCAAGACAGGACACUGCCGCCAUUUACAUUAUUGUAUACAAGAUGACUUCAAAAGGGAUUUCAUGAAGUUUAUGGACUACAUUUGCAUCAUACAACACUCGGCCAUUGGUGUUUGCUGUCCAGAUAGCAUGGCGGAUGGAUCCGCAGUAGAUGCGUUGGCAGGAGAUCUUCCAGCUACAGCACCGAAAGACGAAGAUGAAAUAACAGUAAAAAUAACAAGAGCAGAAAACAGAGGUUGUGGCUUAAGUACCAGACCACAAGGCCGCAUAACUGGUGCCAGACCAGCUAACCCUCGUGAGUGGCCAUGGAUGGCUUCCGUUACCCCCACUGGCUUCGAGCAGUAUUGCGGAGGUGCCCUCAUCACCGACAGACAUGUUCUUACAGCUGCGCAUUGUACGAGAAGGUGGAAGGCGGAUGAGUUAUUCGUUCGUCUUGGGGAAUACGACUUCCAAAGGUCUAACGAUUCACGUACAUACAACUUCAACGUGGUUGAAAUAAGACAGCACGAACUGUUCGAUUCUUCCAACUACCACAAUGAUAUUGCAAUUCUGAAGCUGCAUAGACCGGCCGUGUUCAACACUUAUGUGUGGCCCAUUUGUCUCCCCCCCAGGGGUUUGAAACUGGAUGAUCAAAUCACUACGGUUAUUGGUUGGGGCACACAAUCCUAUGGUGGACCAACGAGUGACGUUUUGAUGGAGGUGUCCAUACCGGUCUGGAAUCAUGAGGAGUGUGUGAAAUCCUUCACUGACUCUGUUUUUGAUGAGACCCUAUGCGCCGGGGAUAAGGAGGGCGGCAAAGACGCGUGUCAGGGUGACAGUGGUGGGCCACUUAUGUACCAAAUGUCCAGCCGCCGCUGGGCCGUGGUCGGCGUAGUCUCGUGGGGAGUACGAUGUGGUGAACCAAACCACCCGGGACUGUAUGCUAAAGUCGAUGACUACUUGGAGUGGAUUGUACGGAACACCGUGUUUUAA